UUGCAAACGCACUUAACACUUGAGGUUGAUUUACUGUUGAGCCAUGGCUGAUGAAGCAGAGUCCGUGCCCAAUGAUGAGGAGGUCUGGGCCUGUUUGACCUCUGCCGACCUGGCCGCGGACCUCGCGGACCUCGCUAGUGGCGCGGGUCACGCCGACGGCGCGGAGGCGGAGGUCCAGCGGCUGCUGGGCGAGGCGGCGGUGAUUUCCAAUGAGUCGGAUCAAAAGAUUGCUUCAAGUUUGCAAAGGCUGUGUGCUGAAGCAGAACAGAUGCAGUUCAACCUUGCCUCUAUGGUGGCCAAGAUCACUCCGCCGGGCCCCUUGGCGCCGCGAGCAACGGCGGUAUCGGCGGUCGAAACAACCUCGGGGUGGGAUGUGCAGGCCAUGCCUCCAACACUGGGGUUUCGAUGGCCGAGCGGCGCCCAAAGCCUCGAAGACUACGAAGAACGCCUGGCGGCGAUGCCCGAGUCUGUGGCCAUUAAAAGGGACUUGCAGUUGUCGCUGUCGAAGUUGGAUUGUCGGCAAGAUGAGAAAGACAUCAAUCGCGACACGUUGGAAGUGAACGGCCUGGAAGUGAAGGGAGCAGAGGGCGGUUACCACGCGGCCGUGCGCGCGAUCGCGGAGGUCUUAGACCAUGGACGCGGAUUCGGAUGCAGCGCAGCGGCGCAAAUGUUGCUGAGCGUCCUGAAUCGCACCACCAGUGGUUUCAUGGCCUUUGAAGAGGUUUUGAAGCUCCUGGAGGCGGACGUCGUGGUCAUCUCCCCUGAAAGCGCCUCCGCACGGCCGCUGGAGCUGUCGAUCGUGGGCGGCAUGGCCUUGGGACGUGCACACACGCGCUACGCGGUGCAUCGCGCGGACGCGUCGGGGCAGCUGCUGUCGGUGGAUGCCUUCGUCUGUUUUCGCGUGGAGGGCGAGAAACUACAGCAGCUGGUGGAGCAGGUGGAGCUUAAGGUCGCGUGCAACAUCUUGAUUUACAAGUCUCCGGCGAAAUCGGGCUGAGCAAAGACCUCGUGUUUUUGCCCAGAGAUGGUGGCAAAA